CAGGACUUUGCGCGGAUGGGCAUCGACACUUCCCUGAUUCCCAAUCCGGAAUGCCCCUGGCGCGUCUCCGAGCUGAAUCGCUCCUACAAGCUCUGUAGCUCCUAUCCCUCUUGCCUCGUGCUGCCUCGGCGCAUGCCAGACCAGGCGCUUCGAGAAGUUGCAGCCUUCCGGAAGCGUGGGCGGCUGCCAGCCAUGAGCUGGUGCGGCGGCCCAGAGCUCGGCUUCGCGUCACUGUGGCGCUGCUCACAGACAACAGAGGGCCUCAUUGGCACAAAGUGCGUGGAGGAUCAGUCCAUGAUCAAUGCCAUCCGCUUGGGCAAUGGCUGGAAAGAGAGGAAGCAGGAGGAGCGCGACCUGCUACUCAUCGACUUGAGGCCGAAGAUGAGCGCUUGGGCAAACAAGGCCGGCGGAGGUGGCUUCGAGUCGUACCCGAACACCGGGAUAAUCUUCGGAGGCAUCGACAACAUCCACGUGGUGCGCGAUGCGUGGCGGGCCAUGGGCGCGGCAGUGACACGCAUCCAUGAGAACCAGGCGGGCUCUUGGAUGAAGGACGUCGCCAACUCUGGAUGGUACGAUUACAUCGGCGCCAUCCUUGCCUGCACGUUGAAGGCGGUGACAGAGAUUGUGACCUUCAAGUGCAAUGUCAUGAUCCACUGCUCCGAUGGAUGGGACAGAACAGCGCAGGUGUCUUCCCUUGCCAUGCUUUGCAUGGACCCGUACUACAGAACACAGGCAGGUUUCCUGAAACUCGUGCAGAAAGAGUGGUGCUCAUUCGGGCACCGCUUUCGCACCCGCCUGGCGCUGGGCGAUGCGCCCACCACGGAGUAUAGCCCUGUCAUCGUCCAGUGGCUGGAGUGUGUCUUCCAGCUGCUGCAGCAGUUCCCCGAUGCCUUCGAGUUCACAGACGACGCUCUGCUACGUCUUGCGGAGGAGGUUUUCACAAAUCGGUACGGCACCUUCUUCCAAGACAACGAGCUGGAGCGGAGCCACGUGGUCGCUGGCACGCUCUCGCUUUGGUCAGCGCUGCUGGAGGACUCCCAGACGUGGCAGAACGCGGGUUACAAGGCAGAGCAGAUGCGGAUUUUCCCCAGCGUUUGCCAGGCCACCUACGGAAUUUGGGAGGCCUACUGGUUCCGCUUCCACGCGCGGGGCGCCCGGUUGAAGCCUGCCCCGCUGCCCCCCUCGGAGCGCACAGCGCCUUCGCCCUCCUCCUUGGCGCCCUCCCCGGAAGUGACGGAAGACCCCUUCGCGCCAGACUUCCUGGAAGGGCCCAGUGACCACGCCGAGCCGAGUCUCUUCAGCCCGGCAGAGCUCAUUCCAAAGGCAAAGGCAGCUCCGCCGCCACCCCCGCUAUUUGGGGACGAUGAUGAGGAUGUCUUCGCGAAGCACACGAAGCGAGGAGAUAAGUCCUUGACCGAGGAGGCGACGUAGGCUUCGUACGCCCAAAGAGGCAGAUGGAGGCGGUGAGCUGGCAAGAGGGGUAUCAACUGCGGGUGUCCUUUUACGUUGGGGGA